AGAAUUUAACACCAUUUACGCGGAUUGCGUAGCUAAAAUCGCAGGCUGAAAAGGGCUUACGCAAACCCUCUAAACGCCAACAUGGGGAAAUUCGGUUUGCAGUUUAAAGCGACGCUGGAGAACGUUAGCAAUGUUAGACCUGAAGGCGACGACUUCCGCUGGUAUUUAAAGCUGAAGUGUGGGAAUUGUGGUGAGAUCUCGGAAAAAUGGCAGUAUAUCACAUUGCUGGACAGCAUGCCAUUGAAAGGAGGCCGAGGCAGCGCCAGUAUGGUUCAGAAGUGUAAACUGUGCUCCCGGGAAAAUUCCAUCGAUAUUCUAAAGGAUACGAUCACACCGUAUAACGCGGAGGACAGCGAGAGGUUCAAGACAAUGGUGCAGUUCGAGUGUCGAGGCCUUGAGCCGGUCGACUUCCAACCACAGGCUGGAUUUACGGCUAAGGGUGCAGAGACGACCACACAGUUUCCUGAAGUCAACCUUCUGGAAAAAGACUGGACGGACUACGAUGAAAAGGCUGGCGAGUCGGUGGGCAUCUACGAAGUCACGCAUCAGUUUAUUAAGUGUUGAGAUGGAGCACAAACAUUGGUGCUGGAGAUCCCAUUUAAGGAAAAAGGCACCUUGUACAAAGAACAUUCAUAACAUUCAACAACAAAAAUGCUUUCAUCGUCAUCAUUGUUGAAUUUGUAAAUGAACAUGUGUGGGAACAGAGGCCGAAACAAUUCACUACAUCAAAGUUGACCAGUGCCUCAGAGGUGAAGGUUUGUACUUAAUAAAGUUAUGAAAGAA